UAGCAUGCGUUCCCGGUGAGAUUUUGGAGAGUAAGUUAAUUAAGGAACUCCCCUCUAAAAUGGAGACCAAUAGCGCUAACUCAAUGGAACACCUGGUGACAGAGCUCAACGUCCUGCUGAAGAUGCUGGACCACGAGACGCUGAGCCCCAUCACAGAGGAGAAGAAGAGCACCGUCAGGAACCUGCUGAAGCAGAUGCACCCUUCAGUGAAUGGAACAGAUUUUAUAUAUAUGAACACCUCUCUCUAUGGAAAUGGCACCAGCUUUGUGGAAUCCCUUUUUGAAGAGUUUGACUGUGACCUCCGAGACCUGAAAGAGACAACAGAGGAGCCAAAAGACCAGGAGGUGGAGGAAACCCCAGAUACCCCCCCUUCUAAAUCUAGUCCAGUGGACACGCCCCCUCCUCUGCCCACCACACCUCCCCCAGAGGAUUACUAUGAAGAAGCCGUUCCUCUCAGCCCGGGAAAGUCCCCACAGUACAUCACCACCCGCAGAAGCUCCAGCCCACCCAACUCAAUCGAGGACGGCUACUACGAAGACGCCGACAACAAUUACCCCACCACCCGCAUGAACGGCCCUCGCAAGAACUCCUACAAUGACUCCGACGCCUUGAGCAGCUCGUACGAGUCCUACGACGAGGAGGACGAGGAGGCGAAGGCCCGGCAGCUGACCCACCAGUGGCCGUCGGAGGAGAACUCCAUGGGCCCUGUGAAGGACUGCCGCAUCUGCGCCUUCCUGCUGCGGAAGAAACGCUUCGGCCAGUGGGCCAAACAGCUGACCGUCGUCCGCGACAACAGGCUGCUGUGCUAUAAGAGCUCGAAAGACCGCACGCCGUACAUCGACCUGCCGCUGAACCUGUGCAACGUCAUCUACGUCCCCAAGGACGGGAGGCGCAAGAAGCAUGAGCUCCGUUUCUCUCUGCCUGGGGGGGAGGCCCUGGUGCUGGCCGUGCAGAGCAAGGAGCAGGCCGAGGGCUGGCUCAGGGUGAUCCGUGAGGUGAGCAGUCAGGAACCAGGCGGUGUCGGAUUGGAUGAAUCCACCUCCCCCAUGCUCCUCCGGAAGCUGGAGCUGGACAAGAGGCUGUCAGCUGACAAACACACCUCUGACUCAGACAGCGUGGCCACAGGUGACAACGUCUCCUCCAGUCAUGCCCGAGAGCAUGGGAAGGUGAAGCGUGGUGCUCUGUCAGAGCUGACGGGGUCAAUGAGCCGGGCGGCGGGGCGGAAGAUCACCCGGAUCAUCAGCUUCUCCAAAAGGAAGCCCCCGCUUCCCGGAGACCCCCUCACGUCCCCUCAUGACGACUACAGCCCCCGAUGUGGUUAUCUAAAUGUACUGGUCAACCAGAGCUGGAAAGAGCACUGGUGCUGUGUGCGGGGCGGUUUCCUGCACUUCCACCAGGACAGGGGCGACCCACGCACCAGCAUCAACGCUGUGGCCCUCCAAGGCUGUGAAGUGGCCCCUGGACUGGGACCCAAGCACCCCUUCGCCUUCCGAAUCCUGCGGGGGGGCAAUGAGGUGGCGGCGCUGGAGGCCAGCUGCUCGGAGGAGAUGGGCCGGUGGCUGGGGCUGCUGCUGGCGGAGUCGGGCUGUGCCACCGAUCCGGAGGCCCUGCACUAUGACUACGUGGACGUGGACACCAUCACCAACAUCCGGGAUGCGGCCCGACACUCCUUCCUGUGGGCCACGUCCUCUAGCAGCACCUCCACAGACUCCCGGACGUAUGACGAGGUCCCCUAUGAGAAGGUGCAGCACCCCGAGGAGCAGAGCCUAAGGACAGGAGCAGGGGCGAAGCAGGAUGCUUCUCCAUCUAGAAGAGAAAUGCAGAAGGUCCAACCCCAGGUCACGAUCAAUCAACACGGGUCCAAUGUGAACCAGUACGGGAAGUAUGGGAAGACGAGGGCGGAGGAGGACGCGCGGAGGUACCAGCAGGAGAAGGAGGAGCUGGAGAGGGAGCGGGAGGGGAUCAGAAAAGCACUGCUCAAGCUACGGCAGGAGAAGAGAGGGCUGAAGGAGGAGCUGAAGAGUGCCACAGGUAAGCAGCAGAAGGCUCUGGAGGAGCGCCUGGCUCAGCUGGAGGAGAGGUGCAGGGAGAAGGAGGGGGAGCGGGUGGACCUGGAGCUUAGGCUGGCCGAGGUGAAGGAGAACCUAAAGAAGUGCCUGGCAGGAGGGGCACUGGGGGCACCUGGAGAGAGCAAGCCUGCCAGAAAGCAGGUCCAGGUGAGCAAGGCUGAGAGUCCCUACAGCGAGGCAACCCUGCCGGUCAACUGUGCCUCCGAGCUGAGGAAACGCCCCCCCUCCAUGUACGCCUCCGCCCGCGGGAACGUCAUGCAGAAGGCCAAGGAAUGGGAGUCAAAGAAAGGAACCUAAGCUAGAUGCUAUUCUGUGAGAUGCCCCACCUGCUGCUUCUGGGAAUGCAUGGAGGAUG